CGCGAUCCUCACAGCCAUAUCGCAACCAAUGCUGCAGCCCCGACAGUCGCGCUCCCGGGCCACCCGCAAUGCUCACUUCCGCAAUCGGCAAUCUCCGCUGCUUCUCUCUCUCACUUCUUCCUUUGUUCUCGGGAUCAACACCUCUUCCCCCAUCCCAUACCAUCACUCCUCCUUCUUCGGGCCGCAGCGCGCAGGCCACCAUGGUUCGCCCUACCGUCUCGCGUCUCUCGCUCGUGGCCCGUAGACAGCCACAUCCUCUUCUCGUGCUACACCCAGAAGUGCAAGCUGCCCUCGCCUCGCGUGCCUCGACGUCCUCCCGGCCUGCCACACCACUCGUAGCCCUCGAGUCCACUAUCAUCACCCAUGGCAUGCCCUAUCCCACCAACCUCAGCACAGCGCGAAGAGUAGAGGAUCAGGUCCGCUCGCAGGGAGCAGUGCCUGCCACGAUUGCGCUUCUGGACGGGAAGAUCCACGUAGGGUGCGAUGAGUCACAGCUGGAGAGGCUCGCGGAGAGCGCUCAGGUCAAGGGACAGGCUUUCAAGACGGGCAGGAGAGACUUGGCUGGGGUGCUGGCACGGAGAACCAUCGGCGGAACUACCGUCAGUGGGACCGCGCUGGUUGCCCACAUGGCUGGCAUCAAUAUCUUCGCUACGGGAGGCAUCGGGGGUGUGCACCGAGGCGCUGAGCGGUCCUGGGAUGUUUCUUCAGAUCUGACUGAGCUUUCCCGUACCCCACUCAACAUCUUCUGCUCCGGCGCGAAAUCCAUCCUCGACAUCCCCCUCACACUCGAGUACCUGGAAACUCAAGGCGUGUCCACCUACUCCUUCAAUCGUUCUGGAGAAUUCCCUGCCUUCUAUACUGCCAAGAGCGGGAUGUAUGCUACACCUGUGCAAGACGCGUGGAAUGCGGCGGAGAUUAUCCUGCAGGGGGAGAGGUACGGACUGCAGAGCGGGAGCGUCUUCGGCGUGCCCAUCCCCUCUGAAUGCGAGGCGGACGGAGCAAAGAUCCAGAAGGCCGUCGAGCUAGCCGUUGCCGAGGCGAAACAGCUGGGGGUAGACAAGAAGGGUAAAGAGGUCACGCCUUGGCUGUUGGCUAGAGUGGGGCAGCUGACCAAGGGAACCAGCUUAAAGAGCAACGUGGAGCUGGUCGUCAAUAAUGCAGGGAUGGCAGCUCGAACCGCAAAGGCGUACGAGGCAUUGCGAUGGGAGACGGUGCAGAGGGGCGAAGGACAAGGGAAGCUCUUCAAUGGCUUCGAGGCUGGCGGCGGAGUGAGUCCGUAGUCUCCGACAAGUCUGCGCACUAGUGAAGCAAGCUCAACACACGGGCAUGAUCUUCUUAUAAUCGGAUGUGCCGCACUGGAUGU